AUGGUCAGGUUAAAAAACCGAUGGCUUCUUUUUGAAUUAAUUUUUGAAGACUCACUCCAACAACAAACCAUUACCUCACCUUAUUCCUCUCAAACAGUCUCAGAAGGAAUAUCCUCUAAAGAUAUUUAUAAUGUAGUGAAGGAAUCUAUUCAGAAUAAUUUUGGUGACUAUGGAACUGGUUGCGUGUCUGUUUCAAUCAGUGUAAAAUAUUUUUCAUCACACACAAAUAUUGGCGUGUUAAGAAUUUCUCGAGAUCAUUAUCAUAUGGUUUGGUGUGCAUUAACUUUUAUUACACAAGUUAAAUCUAAAAAUUGUCUUUUACGAAUUCUACAUAUAGGAGGAACAAUAAAACAAUGUCAAUUAUCAGCUAUAGAAUAUGACAAAGAUCAAAUUUUAAAAUUAAAGAGACAAGCUGAAUUACGAGGAGAAGUCUCGUAUAAUGUUGAAGAAAUACUUGAGGAAUCAAGGAUUCAGAUAAUGUCAAUGGACAUAUAG